AUGUCGAACGCCAGCAGUGCGAAAUUGCCGGAGCGCGGGCAACUAGUCCUCAUAUCGAGCCGAGGCAAUCAAGUUACGCUGCUGGUUGGGCCCGAUACCGUCGCCCGGCAAGAAUCCGGCCCCGUGAAAUCUAAGCGCAAAGCCGAUCUCGUCUACAGGACCGAAUGCGAGUACUUCAUACAACGAAACGGUCCCAGCAGGCGACUGUGUCACACAUCAAGCAUCGAAGUGGGAGCAGCUCUAGGCUGCAGCAUCGUCUUCAGCGGCGGGGGAGAGCCUUCUUCUUCCUCGAUCCUCUGGCACAUCGUUGCAUUUCUAGCCGGAGGUGCGCUUGGGAUGAUACUACACGACUUGCUUAAGUUGCAUUGA